CCCCGCGCCGCCGCCCCGGCGCCCCGAGCCGGCCGCCGCCUCUCCCCUCCGACAUGUUUUAAGCCCGGCCCUUUUCGCUCCCCUUCGGGCUUCCCUACCCGCCGCUGCCGUCGGGUCCCGUCCCGCUCGCCCCGCUCCGCUCCUCGCUACUCCCCCCCUGGAAGCGCCGGCGGCUGGGGGGGCGCGGGGGCGGUGGGCGCCCGCGGGGGGCGAGGGCAGAGAAGCCCCGCUCGGCACCAUGGCUUCCAGCUAUGCCCACGCCAUGGAGAGGCAGGCCCUGCUGCCCGCCCGCCUCGACGGCCCCGCCGGCCUGGACAAUUUACAAGCCAAGAAGAACUUCUCCGUGAGUCACCUGCUGGACCUGGAGGAGGCGGGCGACAUGGUGGCCGCCCAGGCGGAGGAGGGCGGCGGCGAGCCCGGCCGGAGCUUGUUGGAGUCCCCCGGUCUGACCAGCGGCAGCGACACCCCGCAGCAGGACAAUGAUCAGCUGAACUCAGAAGAGAAGAAGAAAAGAAAGCAGAGGAGGAACAGGACUACCUUCAACAGCAGCCAGCUGCAGGCACUAGAGAGGGUCUUUGAGAGGACUCACUACCCCGAUGCUUUCGUACGGGAAGACCUUGCACGCAGAGUCAACCUCACUGAAGCCAGAGUUCAGGUGUGGUUCCAGAACCGCAGAGCCAAGUUCCGCCGGAACGAGCGCGCCAUGCUGGCCAGCAAGAACGCCUCCCUGCUCAAAUCCUACUCCGGGGACGUGGCGGCCGUGGAGCAGCCCAUCGUACCCCGGCCCGCCCCCAGAGCCACCGACUACCUGUCCUGGGGCACCGCCUCGCCCUACAGUGCCAUGGCCACCUACUCUGCCACGUGUACCAACGCCAGCCCAGCACAGGGCAUGAACAUGGCCAACAGUAUUGCCAACCUGAGACUGAAGGCAAAGGAAUAUAGUUUACAGAGGAAUCAGGUGCCCACAGUCAAUUAACAGCUGGGGGCAGCUGCCUUGCAGAAGGAGAAGACACAAGAGCACCCGUCCUGCUUUGCAACUUGUCUGUGCUGAAAGAAAAAAAGAAAUCAAAAGAGAACAAUAACAAAAAAAAAACCCACAAUAAAAAUAAAAAAGAAAAAAAAAAAAAGGAAAAAAAAAGAAGAAGAAAAAAAAGCCAUCCCUCACCCAGAACUGAACACGGGGAGCAAACAGAACCUGUGAGUGAUCAGGUUCCUCCUUCCUUUUGGGAUAAUGCCACCGUUUUUUAUUUUCUUGUUAUCGUCGGGUUUAUUGCUUCUGCUCAAUAUACUGCGAGCUUCUUCAGUAAAGGACAGUCUCACCCUUGCUGGUUUCCAUUGUUGUGAGGGACUGCAAAAAGAAACCUCUGCCAGGCUCAGCCCACGGACCAGUCCCAGCACCAGCACACUGAGAUACAAAGCUUGCUCCUCUCCCCGCUGCCCCAGCUCACCCUAGAAGAAGAAUUUGUUUGGUCACCAAUUUCCAUGACACCCACCCAACCCUCAUCCCUCCAGUCCCCCUCGUGCCACAGAGGCAGCACGUUCCUCUCAGUCUGCCUGAUAGUGCAGCAAGAUGGAUUCCUGCUGUCUGAGCUGCCUGGAAAAACCUCCCUGGGCUCUGCAGAGCUCCAUUGUUGGGCUGAGUAUUCCCUGCCCUGCUGCCUCAAAAAGCCAAAGAAGAGAGCAAAGCCACCGUGGGUGUGUGAGCAGGGGGAUCUCUCUGUAGUGCCAAGAUCAGGACUGUCAGGACACUCCUUUCUAUGCCUUACAGUUUGUGCCACAGGGAAAGGCAUUGUCCAGAUGCAUUUGUUUUAUAUAUACUGUAUAUAUUUAUAUAUAUAAGAUAAUACAUGCAAGCUUGGUUGGUGUUUUUUAUUAAACAAAAUAAAACCCGUUGAAAGCGUUCAGGAUGUUGGUGCUGCAUCCAGGUGGAGCUGUGCAUUGAAAUUCCAGCCACAGCCUCUCUCAGCCUUGGCAGAGCUCUUCCCUGCAGCCUUGGGCAGCUCUGGGAAAGGCAGCUCGUGUCCCCCCGUGAGGAACCCCAGAGAAGUGGUGCUGGAGGGAGCCCCACUCCUUUCUGCAGAUUUUCCCCAUGGGCACAGAACACAACAAGGGGCUCCUGUGCAGCCAGGCUGGUUCUUGUGGCUUUUGGGAUAUCCCCAGGGAAAUCCCUCUGGGCACAAGUGAUGUCUCAGCAGGGAGCAUCCCACCAAAGAUCCCUCAGCACUGCUCAGUAAGGCUUGGUCCAUACCCUUACCCAUUUCCCCUGCCUGCUGUCCUCCCUCUGGGCUCUGGAGACCUAAUUAGCACCUCAUUCAUUCAUCUCCACGAAGAGCAGAGGAGAUGCAGCCCAUAAAGGCAUUUCUUCCACACAAAACAUCCUGAGGAAAUCAGGAUCUUUCUCAUUGCUGGCAUUCCUGCCUCUCGUGUGUGGGGGAGGAAGGAAGGGGUUGAUUGGUGACAAAUAGCACUUGUGACAAAUAAAGAGCACUUGUGUCCAACCUGAGAUGGACCAUGCCAUGGAAGAGCCCCACUGGAGGCAGCAGAGCUUCUCCAUGGUCCAGGCUGGACCAUCAGGGAAGGAGAAUGAAGCUCAGCCAUGAGGAAUAUUUCUGGUGGAGUGGCUUGGGUCUCCAGCCUGGUGUUUGCUGCAGACACACUGGGCAUGUGUAGAUGUCUGCCAGUGGGCUCUGAUAGUCUGAAACAGCAUGGUGCAGGAAAUGAGGAAUAAAUCUCUUUAAAGUGCAAGUGAAAAUUAAACUGGCAAACGAUGAAUGGAAAUCCAGCUAAAAUAUUUGAGCUAGCACAAGGAAGAAAGCCCCAAAUCCAAACUGGAGUAAGUUGUGCCUGUAAGUUGUGCCUCCAAACUGGAGUAAGUUGUGAUUGUAUGCAUUGCUGCUGGAUUUUUCUUUUUUCCCCUCCCUGUGGGGGUAUUUUUGAGGGGAAAAAACCCUAAUAUUGAUCAGGACAAAAAGCUGAAAGUCACAGGCAGAACCAGGGAAAGGGAGGCAGGGGGAGUACUGUGCUUUGAGAAAUCCAUCAUGUUCUGUUUGAUCCCUUUCCUUGGCCACCUGCAGGCUGGAGAACCUCACAUGUGUAAACCAGAAUAUUUCUAUCCUGUACAGAGCAGGUCCAGCUCCUCGAGCCGAGUGAUCACCUUGGAGAUCUCAGGCUGCACUUGAACCUGACUCCUGCUUCCUGUGCCUACACAGGCACACAAGAAUUGGUCAGGAAGGACCCAGUGCCUCUGAAUAUCAUCACUCAAAGGCUGAACUGGGUGUUGAGUACCCUGAGCUGGCUCUCUCCACUCCCCCUGCCUUGCUGCUCUCCUCCAGAUCCCAUCCCCAUCCCAGCAGUGCCAGCAGCCUGGGUGGGUUCCCCUCUGCUGGCCUGGGAGCUCACCCUGGAGUUUCAGCUCUUUCCUUCCGGCCUGUGGCUUUCCCCCAGGCUUUGCUCAGCCUUUCUGCAGUAGAAAAACCACCCUGAGCAGCUUUUGGUGCUGUCUGUGUAGGGACACCACUUUCUGAGGUUAUCAAGGGAGUGUGAAGCUCCUGCUGCUCCAUGACCCAGCCGUGGGCUGAGAUCUCCAUCCCCACGCUGGGAUGGUCACAUCAAGGGGCUCACAAAUGCCAGUGCAAGCCCUUGUUCAGCCUCUUCAUUUUAUCUGGAGUGUCUGGCAUGGAGCUGCUCCUGCAGGGAGGCUGUGGGAGCUUCUGCCCCUCCAGUUUGAGCUGGGUCUUGCCUUGGGUCAGGCUGCUUGGUCAGGGGUGCCCCCACAGCUGACUGGGCUGUUGUCAGUUCAGAUAAGACCUUGACAUCCCCAAUAUUGCUUUGUUGACAUGGAUUUACUAGCCAGAGCCCAGCUGGAUGAACAGACAGCUCCUGGGGUUUGUUUGGUAAUUGCUGAUGGCCUCAGCCAAAAGACAGCGACUCCUCGUCCAUCAAGCCAAAGUGAAAUGUUACAAUUGUGUUUAAUCUGUAUUUUAUUAAACCCUGUAAAUAUAUGUGCAAAUCAAGGGCCUUUUCCUCAAAGAGUGGAGUUCUCCAGGGUUUCAGCAGAUUUCCAGUUGGAGCUCUGGGAAGUUGCCAUGGUUACCACAGUUAUCAUUAAGUUUGGGUACCAUUCAGAGGAGAAAAUGUGUCUUCAAGCAUUUUCCUCUUGCCUGCUCUGUAUGAGCACUGUUUUCUCAGGCUCCCCCUCUCUCAGCAGAGAAAUAGGUGACUGGUUCCCUCAAAGGGGGAGUUUUGUGCAUGGCAGGGAUGGAUGAUUGACAUGGCACGGGAUUUCCAUCCUGUAAAUUAUCUCUUGCUUUGUGAUGUAAAAUGUACAGUGUUUGCACUAGAAUAGAAGUGACCAUUUCCAAUAAAAGGGGGAAGAGACUCCUCAAUCCUUUCCA